GGGUCCCAGCGCCCUACAGAAGCUGGAAACGUCCGGAAGCGCUGAGUUCGGGCGCCGAGAUCCCCAAGACAAUCCCUGGCCUCCCCUGGCCUCAGUCUCCCCGUCGGCGGCGGCGUGCAGAGGAGGCCGGCCGGGGGAUCUCCCAGCACCCUCCCCGCUCUGAUGUUUGGGGCGCCCGCCCUCCACCACAGCUGCUCCUACCUGGAGAGGUGCGCCCGGGCCCAGGGGGCGGGCAGUCGGGGGGCGGGCGGGGAGCGGGCGCCGCCCUAAGCUUCCUGGCGCCUUUAAGGAGAAGGAGCCGGUGGAGGGAGGAGCCGGUCCAGGUUUGUGCAGGGCAGAGCCUCUUCUGCGGUGGAGGCGGUGGAGGCCAAGGCUGCGGAGAGGGAGUCGCCGGCCGCCCCGCCUGCCCCGCGCCAAGGCCUCGAGGCCCGCGCCUCGCCUCCUGGCCCUCUUCGCCGUCCGCAGCCUGGGCCUCCGGGGCGCGGCCCAGCGACCCCACCAGAGUGCACACGCCCUCACUCGUUGCCCUUCUGGCCUUCGGGCCGCAGCACGACCUCGACGGUUAUCCUCUGAUCAGCGGGAAGCCCAGACCGGUGCAGGCGCCUCGGCCCCCGGACCCCGGCCCGAGCCGCUGACUGCCUGGCACCGGCGCCAAAGGACCGCUCAGCUAGUCCCGGUCCCAACGCCGCUGCCGGCGCCUGGCCUCGCGCCCCCGAACUCGGGCAGAGCCGUCAGUGGGCAGGACACGCCGCUCCGUCCGCACCGAGGCAGCCGGAACGCUGCGGGUGCCCAGCCUCCAGCGCGCCCCCGCCGGGGAACUCGUGCUCCGGCGCCAGCCCGCGCGGACCGCGGGAGCUCUCAACCGAGGAGCCCGGCGUCCUUCCCGGGACCCUGCGCGCCGGGCCUGCGGUUCUCAGACCCGCCCCCGCCCCUCGACGGAAGCGCGCGGCGGGGACGCGACGGCUGCACCAUGACAGCCGAGAGCGGGCCGCCGCCGCCGCAGCCGGAGGCGCUGGCCACCGUGAAGGAGGAACGCGGUGAGGCGGGGGCCGGGGUCCCGGUGGAGGCGGCGGGCCGCGGCUCGGGCGGGCGGCGGCGGAAGCGCCCCCUGCAGCGCGGGAAGCCGCCCUACAGCUACAUCGCGCUCAUCGCCAUGGCCAUCGCGCACGCGCCGGAGCGCCGCCUGACGCUCGGCGGCAUCUACAAGUUCAUCACCGAGCGGUUCCCCUUCUACCGCGACAACCCCAAGAAGUGGCAGAACAGCAUCCGCCACAACCUCACGCUCAACGACUGCUUCCUCAAGAUCCCGCGCGAGGCCGGCCGCCCGGGCAAGGGCAACUACUGGGCGCUCGACCCCAACGCCGAGGACAUGUUCGAGAGCGGCAGCUUCCUGCGCCGCCGCAAGCGCUUCAAGCGCUCGGACCUCUCCACCUACCCGGCCUACAUGCACGACGCCGCCGCCGCCGCCGCUGCCGCUGCCGCCGCCGCCGCCGCCGCCGCCGCCAUCUUCCCGGGCGCCGUGCCCGCCGCGCGCCCGCCGUACCCGGGCGCCGUCUAUGCGGGCUAUGCCCCGCCGUCGCUCGCCGCGCCGCCCCCGGUCUACUACCCGGCUGCGUCGCCAGGCCCGUGCCGCGUCUUCGGGCUGGUGCCUGAGCGGCCGCUCAGCCCCGAGCUGGGUCCCGCGCCGUCGGGCCCCGCGGGCUCCUGCGCCUUUGCCGCGGCCGGCGCCUCGGCCACAGCCACCGGCUACCAGCCCGCCGGCUGCGCGGGAGCCCGACCUGUCAACCCCUCCGCCUAUGCGGCCGCCUACGCGGGCCCGGACGGCGCCUACCCGCAAGGGGCCAGCAGCUCCCUCUUUGCGGCUGCUGGCCGGUUGGCGGGGCCAGCCUCGCCCCCCGCAGGUGGCGGCGGCGGCGGCGUCGAGACCGCCGUGGACUUUUAUGGGCGCACGUCGCCCGGUCAGUUCGGAGCGCUGGGGCCCUGCUACAACCCCGGUGGGCAGCUCGGAGGGGGCAGUGCAGGCGCCUACCAUGCUCGCCAUGUGGCCGCCUAUCCUGGCGGGGUGGAUCGUUUCGUGUCCGCCAUGUGAGCCGAGCAUACGGUGGAAAAAAUGCAUAGAUGCCUCGGCUGUUUACGCAAAGUCUCCCCCAAGACUGAGGACAGGCCUGGAGAGAGGGCCGAAUUGAGAGCUACAGAGAAGAGACGUGGACAGGAGGUCGGCCUCCGAGUGCAUCGCGUACACACUCGGUUCACUUUGCUCAUGGGAGGAAGUUGGGAGAGGCAGCUCAGCUCACGGACUGGGACAAGGGACCCUCAAUCAGGUGACGCGCCUAAAGGCAUGCCUUUCAGGGGGCGCAGUGUAGCGUCUACACCAGACUCUAGGAUCCGAAUCACAUGCCUUCACUCUUCCCUGUAUGCAGGGGAAACGGGCCUUUUGACACGGGUUCCGCCUCUGAUGCCUUUAACUGUGUUACUGCAAUAAAAGGCUCCAAUAGCGCCUUCCUUGUUAAGGUGAGGAAGACAAGUGUGCAAAAGAGGUAGUUUUGUUUUCUUUUGUUUUUCAAUUGGAGAAAUCGCUCUGCUGUGCGGGGCCUGCCGCUGGUUUUCCCUGCCUCUGAGAAUAGCAGGUACUGCGGAGCCGGGACUGUGCCUCAGCUCCCCAGUGUGACCGAGUGCCGUCACCCAUACCCCAGUCUCCCGGCUGUUACACAAGCGGACUGCAGCGUUCAUACGAUCUGCAAGGGCCCGAUCCCCGUGGAUGCAGGCCUGCAUAUUUGGCAGCAUCCGUGGGCCACCCAGGGCCUAAACUAGCCCUAUUCCAGGGAAUUGGAACAGAGCUCAUGGCAAGCAGCUAAUCUAAAGUCUCUGGAUUCGCUCCAGGCAGUCAUUAUAUCGUAAUUUCUUGAAUCUUUUGAGCAUGAUGUGCUGAUUAUUAGGCAGCUGUUUCCUCUGGGUCCUAGAUGUAGUUUUCCAGUGAAGCAGGUAGAAAUACGUUUGUCCACGCUCCAUCCACUCUUCCUUUUCACAAGCAGCCCUGGACCCAGGGGAUGAACUGAAGUUCAAAGGGAUGACAAGGAUUCAGGGGAGCCCAUUAGUGACGCUUUCAGUUUAUGGGGUUGGCUGCUCCGUCCCUGGCCCCUGGCACCCUCUGCCACCCUCUCCCUGUGCAAAAAGGAAAGUGAAAAGGUAACUGAGGUGGUCGUUGAAGUAAGCUUUAGAAAGAAACUAGAUUUUUAAAAUUUUUGUUUUGUAUCCGUUUGUCUGUUUUGAGAAGCAAGCUAACCAAAAGUAGAAAAUCCAACAACUUUCCCACCUUCCUCUUGAGAAAUCUUGUAAGUUUCUAUUGUGGAGUAAACAUGUCCAGCGUUAAAUAUGUCAGAGGCUCGGGUGCAGCUUUCAGAUAAACCCGAGUGUUCAGAUGAACCGUUUUAAUAAAAAUCUUUGAGCAAGUGAGUUCUGGCAAGAGAAACUCGGCCUCUCUGUGCGUAGUUAACUUGGUAGGGAAGGGUGGUGGGUAUGUGAAAAAGAAGACUGAAAACCACUGGUACUUUUUAUUUUUAAUUUGGGGGAUGGCGCUGUCCUGCUCACAUGCAUGUGCAUGUGAUUCAUUCCAGGCGGGUAUUUGUCUAACUCAGUGUUGUCCAAUAGAAAUAGAAUGCAAGAUCCAUGUGUAAUUUAAGUUUUUCUAGUAGUCACAUUAA